AUGUAUCUUCGGUUCACAUCUAUCUAUCUAUCUAUCUAUCUAUCUAUCUAUCUAUCUAUCUAUCUAUCUAUCUCAGUCGGUUCAAAUCUAUCUAUCUAUCUAUCUAUCUAUCUAUCUAUCUAUCUAUCUCUCACUCAUUAUAUUUUUUUCAUAUCUAUCUAUCUAUCUCUUAAUCUCUUCAUAUCUAUCUUUCUAUCUAUCUAUCUAUCUAUCUAUCUCUUAGCUUCUUUAUAUCUAUCUAUGUUUCUUCAAACAGCGGUUCACGACGUGUCGGUUUACAUCUAUCUAUCUAUCUAUCUAUCUAUCUAUCUAUCUAUCUAUCUAUCUAUCUAUCUAUCUCAGUCGGCUCACAUUUAUCUAUCUAUCUAUCUCUGUCGGUUCACAUCUAUCUAUCUAUCUAUCUCAGUCGGUUCACAUCUAUCUAUCUAUCUAUCUAUCUAUCUAUCUAUCUCAGUCGACUCACAUCUAUCUAUCUAUCUAUCUAUCUAUCUAUCUAUCUAUCUAUCUAUCGCAGUCGGCUCACAUCUAUCUAUCUAUCUAUCUAUCUAUCUAUCUAUCUAUCUAUCGCAGUCGGCUCACAUCUAUCUAUCUAUGUAUCUAUCUCAGUCGGUUCACAUCUAUCUAUCUAUCUAUCGCAGUCGGCUCACAUCUAUCUAUCUAUGUAUCUAUCUCAGUCGGUUAUCAUCUAUCUAUCUAUCUAUCUAUCUAUCUAUCUAUCUCAGUCGGCUCACAUCGAUCGAUCGAUCGAUCCAUCGAACUACCUACGAGGGAAUCAGGAUAUAUAAACUCUAUAUAUCAGAAUUAUGA